UCAAGCUGAGGGACUCAUCGGACUCAUCUCUUCCUGACAAGCACCUUCAGGACAGACCACCAUGUCUAAGAGCUCCUCGGUCACCAAGGCUUUCGCCGCCGCCUUCGUCGUCCUGACGGUCUCCGCCAUAGCAGGCAUUGUCACCAUGGUCAUUUUGUACAAAACCCAGAUCGCUACAAUGAAUCCCACGCCCCGGCCGACUUUCCCUUCCACCACCACGGGUCUACCGCCCGUCAUGCGGCUUCCGAAGAACCUCGUCCCGGAGAGAUACAAGGUCUUCCUCUGGCCUCGCUUCUACAGCCAGAUCAUUGAGGAGGUCAAUGUCACCAGCGCCAACCAGACGUGGCACUUCUCUGGAAACACCACCGUUUACUUUCAUUGUGUCCAGGGCACAAGCUCCAUUUACCUCCACAGCCAGUUCCUGGAUGUGUAUGGUCCAGUGGUGGCGAGCACAGACACAGAUGAAGGGAUCCGUGUUACCAGAAUGGAAAACCACCAAGACCAAACUGACUUCCUGGAGAUCGAGUUGGAUUAUGCUUUGAAGACGGGGGGGAACUACAGUUUGUUUCUGGCUUUCAGAGGAGAAUUAGGUUAUCUCGAUGGGAUGUAUGUUAGCACAUAUAAAGAAGGUAUCCCAGCUCAUGAAGACGAUAGAGAUACAGACAGAGCCCUUAUUGCCACCCAAAUGGAACCAACAUCUGCCAGGAGAGUGUUCCCUUGUUUCGAUGAGCCAGAUUUUAAGGCAGAGUUCGAGGUGACAAUAAUCCACAGGAGAAUCACGACGGCUCUAGCGAAUGGCAUAAAUACAGACGGCGCCAAUAUUAUAGACGACGAUUGGAAAGCCACAGCUUUUCAGCCAACACCGUUGAUGUCAACCUACCUGUUUGCCUUCACGGUUUCAGAGUUUACACCAACCCGCUCCUCAAAUCACCGUGUGGAAAUCAAUACAUACGCUCGUCCUGAGGCCACUGCAGCAGGACACGCUAAAUAUGCAGCGGAUAUCACGGGAAGGAUUCUCGACUACUUUGAGGGCCGUUUUGAAAUUAACUACCCACAGAGAAAGCUAGAUCAGAUUGCACUGCCAGACUUAAUUUCCGCCGGAAUGGAAAACUUGGGGCUGAUCACGUACCGGGAGGGGGCGCUGCUCUAUGAGGAGGGGGUGUCCUCUCUGCUUGACAAGGAACACAUCGCUGAACUCAUUGCACAUGAACUGGCACACCAGUGGUUUGGGAAUCUGGUGACGAUGAAAUGGUGGAAUGAUAUUUGGCUGAACGAGGGCUUUGCCAACUACAUGACAUUAUAUGCAGUGGACGCUGUUGAGCCUGACUUUAAAUUAAAAGAUGUAAAUAUCCUGAACAACCUCCACUAUGCGUUUGAGGCGGACGCUCUGGCCUCCUCUCGUCCCCUCAGCACUUCUCAGGGAGAUGUGCAGACCACUUCUCAGAUCCUGGAGAUGUUUGAUAUUAUAACCUACUAUAAGGGGGCAGCUGUGCUGGUAAUGCUGGCAGACCUCGUGGAUCAGCCCGUUUUCGACAAAGCAAUCAGAAGGUACCUCUCAGACUGGCAGUAUAAAAACACAGACCAGAAUAUCCUCUGGGAAUACAUACAAAAGGCAGAUGACGAGAGUACAGGCGAAAGGAAUAUUGCCGAGGUGAUGAACAGCUGGACUAAACAAAUCGGCUACCCUGUUAUCACCAUCAACACUACCAGUGGAGAAGCCUUCCAGAAGCACUUCCUGUUCAAUAACUCAGCAGUAUCUAGUCUUUCGUGGCACGUCCCGAUCAGAGCCAUGAGAUAUACAACUCUGUUUCGUCUAAUCUGGUUGAAACCCGGCGAGUCAGCAAUGAAAGACGAAUUUGUUGCUACUAAAGGAGAGUGGAUUCUGGCAAACGUCAACUGUACUGGAUACUACAGAGUCAAUUACAACCCAGAGAACUGGGAUCGCCUCAUCACUCAGUUGCAGAAAGACCCACGUCGGAUCCCACUGAUGAACAGAGGGCAGCUUGUUGACGAUGCAUUUAAUUUGGCAAGGGCCAAACUUGUCAACGUGACUCUGGCGCUAAAUUUAACGCGCUUCAUUCGGAAUGAGACGAAGCUAAUACCCUGGGCAGCAACCAUCAGCAACCUCGGGUACUUUGUCCGCAUGUUCGAUCGAUCUGAGGUGUAUGGACCAAUGCAGAUGUACCUCCGUAAUCAGGUUAAAGGCCUUUACAAUUCUUUCAGCAGCUACACAGACAAUUCCACAGUCCCAACUGAUCACUCCUCACAGCAAAUCCAGAUAAAGGCCAUAGAUGUGGCAUGUUCCAACGAACUCCCAGAAUGCAUUGAGAUGGCUCAACAUAUGUAUGCCGACUUGAUGAAAAUCAACAGCACCAACAACAUCAACCAUAACCUGCGGUCUGUAAUCUACUGCCACGCUGUGGCUCAUGGGGGGAAGGAGGAGUGGGAGUUUGCCUGGGACCUGUAUCUUCGCUCCUCAGACGUCUCGGAGAAGGACCGGCUCCGGCGGGCUCUGUCCUGCACCAAGAAGAUCUGGCUGCUCAGCAGAUACCUGGAUUACACUUUGGACCCUGAGCUGAUACGUAUGAUGGAGGUUGCUUCCUCUAUAAGCGACGUCUCGAGGAAUGUGGCCGGGCAGGCGCUGGCCUGGAACUUUAUCAGAGCUCACUGGAACUAUGUCAGAUAUUGGGAUCCAGCCAGGCUGAUUGAGGAAGUGACCGGCAGGUUCUCCACCCAGUUCGAACUGGAAGAGCUGGAGCGUUUUGCGAAGGAUUAUGAUCUGGGUCGAGCUUCCAGUGCGGCGUACCAGGCCAUUGAGCAAACCGCAGUCAACAUCCAGUGGGUCAGCGAGAACAAAGAUGUUAUACUAGAGUGGUUUGAAAGAGAAACAGCUUAGUUGAAUGUAAAAAAAACAAUAACUCUUAACGACCAGUGGUGCUAGCAUUUUUACAUGAGUUAGCUCACUUUCCUCUGCCAAUAAAUGCACUUCAGAAACAAGAACUGAUCAAGACUUAAUCAGGAAAAGAAUCAUCAUUCGAUUCCCCAGACUGAACAGUGACAUCAUAAGACUGAAUCAUAGCAUAGAACCGACUCUGAAACAAAUGUGACACCAAGUGAAGACACAGCAGUGUUUACAGUAUGUAUAUAUACAUUAUUUAUAUAGUAUAUUCAAUGCUAACAGUCAAAGUAAGAAGAUAAUUACCCUACUGUUGGUCAUUAUUGCACAUGAUACUAAAGAUGCUAUAUUGAAGUAUAAUUGUUUGAAAAGUUUAAUGUUAGAUUCAAAAUGAUCACAUUUACUUUUGAAAAUCAUUUUUGUUGUUGCUCUUUAUCACAGAUGUUUUAAAAUCUUUGUUAAAUUUGAAAAUGGAUUGAAACUUCCAAUAAGUAUGUUAUUCUCCAAAAAAGCAUUGUUCCAACGUAUUAGGAAAACAAACACUAGUUCAUUGGAGCAGUUAAAUGAACCAGCUUGUGAAUAAUGUACACAGCUAAAGGAUAGAACUUCCUCCAUUUGUUUACAGGAACACAUGUAUGUGUUUUAUAUAUGUUGUAAUCAAAGACAGCAUUAUUGUUGUAUGUUGUUGAAAUUGUGUUUUUUGAUAAUAAAACAUUAAGUCAUUUAAUCCUGUACAUGUAUAUUUUACAAUAGCUAUAUUGACUCACUUUAAUAACUAUUGUAAGAAGAUGACCAUGAUAAUAACCAGCAAUAAAAUAUUGUUUCAAUAACUUGAGGUUUGAAUGCUCCUUCGAUAUAUAUCACUCCACUGGAUUGUUUUUAGCCUGUUUAUUUAAAAAAUAAAAACAGCUGAUUACAAUGUCUCUCGACUGAACACAUGUAGAGUAUUUGUGCAUGAAUUCAAACGAUGAAUAUUUGGCGUUAUAUCAGUUAAUAUAGUAGCGAGCAACAAAGAGAGAGCUUUACCCAGAAUGCCAUGCACCCCUGAAACAAUUAAUAGUGGUCCCCUUUCAAUACAUUACACA